AUGGUUUCUAGGGUCAGGGACAUCAACAUGAAGUUGAAAAUGAUCAAUCAAGAAGCGCGUUACCUUGGGCUAAACAUCAGGCACCAAAUUGAAGCUGUCUUUCCUCCUAUUACUCCUGGAGUGAUCAUAAGGCCACAAACCAACUCUGUUGUGCAUCCAAAUGUUAUAGGAAGAGCCGACGAUGAAGCAAAGAUAAUGGAGAUGUUGUUGAGUCCAUCUGAAGAAAUUGUUUCUGUUAUCCCCAUUGUCGGCAUGGGGGGAUUAGGAAAAACAACUUUAGCUAAAUCAAUCUAUAAUACUCAACAGAUCAAUGAACAUUUUGGCAAAAAAAUUUGGGUCUGUGUGUCUGAAAAAUUUGAAGGGAAGGAGUUCUUCAAACUCAUUUUGGAAUCAAUGACGAAGAGAAAGGCUGAAUUGUCUAAUGUGGAUGCUGUUGUUCAAUGA